CGCCGGGCGCGGGCGGGACUCCGCUCUGGGGAGGAGGCGGGGGGGGGAGCCGGGGGAAUUCGGUAAUGGCGACGGGUUUGUCAGAUACUUUGGCACAUCCUAACAUGGUGUGGGAAGUGAAGACAAAUCAAAUGCCUAAUGCAGUUCAGAAACUCCUUCUGGUAGUGGACAAGAGAACUUCAGGGAUGAAUGAGUCACUGGAGUUGCUGAAGUGUAAUGAAAACCUGCCCUCUUCUCCUGGAUACGCAUCCUGUGACGAACACAUGGAACUUGACGAUCUUCCUGAACUACAGGCUGUGCAGACAGAUUCCACCCCACCUGCACUUUUUCAGCUUGGUGCUGAUGUUUCACAUCAGGAAUGUUCAAGGCCUUCAUGGAACCAACGUACCUCAAACAGCAGUUCAGAAAGUGCUUAUUCCUGUGAGGAUGGGGUGAACUGGUUGACAGAGUUAGCAAAUAUAGCCACAAGUCCUCAGAGUCCUUUGAUGCAGUGCUCUUUUUAUAACAGAUCAUCUCCUGUUCACAUAAUAGCUACAAGCAAAAGUUUACAUUCCUAUGCACGUCCUCCACCAGGAUCCUCAAAGAAUGAUCCUGACUUCUCCAAGAAUGAUUUGGAUGAAGCACCAGUCAGACAUGAAAGAGCAAAUAGUGAAUCAGAAUCUGGCAUUUUCUGCAUGUCAUCCCUUUCAGAUGAUGAUGAUUUAGGAUGGUGCCAUUCCUGGCCAUCGACUGUUUGGCAUUGUUUUCUAAAAGGCUCUCGUUUGUGCUUUCAUAAAGGACAAAAUAAAGAAUGGCAGGAUGUUGAAGAUUUUGCAAGAUCUGAAAGCUGUGGAAAAGAGGAAAAUCUCCCAGAGAGUCCUUACAAGGGCUAUGGUUCCGAUGGCUUGAAGUUGAUUUCUCACGAAGAAAGCGUUUCCUUUGGUGAGUCAGUGCUGAAGCUGACUUUUGAUCCUGGCACAGUGGAAGAUGGCUUGCUUACAGUAGAAUGCAGACUCGAUCACCCUUUUUAUGUUAAAAAUAAAGGUUGGUCAUCUUUUUAUCCAAGCUUGACUGUGGUACAGCAUGGCAUUCCAUGCUGUGAAAUGCAUCUUGGAGAUCUGUGUCUACCUCCUGGACACCCUGAUGCCAUUAACUUUGAUGAUUCAGGUGUUUUUGAUACAUUUAAAAGUUACGACUUCACGCCGCUGGAUUCCUCCGCAGUGUAUGUGCUGAGCAGCAUGGCUCGCCAGCGCCGCGCCUCCCUCUCCUGCGCUGCCUCCAACAAUCAGCACACUGAGAGAUCAGAAUGCAGCAGUAACAGCUGCUCUGCUGCCUCUGCUGCCUCGUCACAGCUCCCCUCCAAUCCUUUGUACAGCAAGGCUGGCAAAAGCCACAGCUCAGGGACUGCAAGUACUGUGAGUGCCACUUCUCCAAACAAGUGCAAAAGACCAAUGAAUGCCUUCAUGCUUUUUGCCAAAAAAUACAGAGUUGAAUAUACUCAGAUGUAUCCAGGGAAAGACAACAGAGCCAUCAGUGUGAUUCUCGGUGACAGGUGGAAGAAGAUGAAGAAUGAGGAGAGGCGGAUGUACACGCUGGAAGCCAAGGCCUUGGCGGAGGAGCAGAAGCGGCUGAAUCCUGACUGUUGGAAACGAAAACGAACUAAUUCUGGCUCACAGCAGCAUUAAGCCAGCAUUUUCCUGUUAACUCUGUAUUCACAAACUGGCUGUCGCUUGAUGGCAAGAAGACGCAAGAUCGAGGUCUUACUACGUGUCGUGACUUACUGCGACCAUCCAAUACUGGCACCAUCGGGUCGGGAAUGAUCUAAUACGAGUGCAGAUUUGCUUUUUACAGUAGAACAUUAAGUAAGCUAAAACUAUCAACAUUUUAAACCAAAUUGCCUUAUUUUUCUUCCAAACUUCAUAUAUGUAUCAGGUAAUAUAGGCUUGAAAAUGGAUAUCCUGUGGUGCUAAAGUACUUUAGAAAGAGGCGAAGGAGACGUGUAUAAAUGUUUAUUUUUAAAAGAAAAUGUACAAAAAGGGGAAUUUUCAAAUACGUAACAGCUGUUUCUAUACAUUGAUUCUUAUUGCUGAUUAAUACGUAUUGCACAACCAUAUUCUUAGUUACGAUUCUAGGGCCUGGGAUUUUCUGAGCUGGCAGAAGGGGUGUCCCGGCCUGCGGCCUCCCCGCCUGGGCAGCGGUGCCUGGGGAGGCGGCGCAGCGCUGCCGAGUGAGCGUGGGGCUGGAGCCGCCCCAGAGCUGCAGCUGCCCCGGGCUGCUGUGUGGCAGGGGGCUGGCAGCAGCAGUGAGGAGGGUGUUUGCGCACCCGCCGCCACCAGCGAGAGCUGUUACUCCCUCUGGAAAAAAAUGACCCAGGACAGGAUGAAAUCAAUGAGUAGCGUUAUCUCAAGAAAAAUGGUGCUGUUGAUACCAUCACCAUCAUAGUUUUAACUGUGUUUUGUCUUUGCCACAUAUUCUACCAUAUUUUAUUUGCCAUAAGACAUCUUCAUGGUGGGGGCAAACUUUGCACUUAACUAUACGUGCAACACUUGCACUUUACUUUUGUUUUUCCCUCCGACUGUCUAAGCUUAGAGCAGCUGCGUUAGGAUUACCAUUGCUUCUGCUGUGAACUUUACCAUCCUGCCUUUCCAUGUACUAAACAGCUGUGUGUAUCUCCUCUUCUUUUUUUUUUUGUUUUUUAAGAAUCACAACUGUAAAUUUCAGUUUAUGACACGUCCUACAUGAUGUUGCCCCUAAGAUUUUUGCACACUAUAUUCUUGUAUAUUAUUUCAAAUAAAUUCAUCAAAAUCC